AUGCCGCCUCUCCCGUCUCAUCGUCGUCAAGACUCGAACACUACGUACUCCCGCGCCUCAAUGCUUCCCGGAAAUACCUAUAACACAACGGCAACCCACACUUUCAAUCCGCCCGCAACUCCAUCCUACCAAGCCUCCACGCCUUCCAUGUCCGCAGCAAAGACACGUCAAUAUGCCCACCUUCAUGCACAACUCGCCCAGCUCAACGCCAACCUCGCAGACACGCAGAACCUCCUCCGCAUGACAGCAGUACAGGCCGGCGACAUGCGCUUCCUGGGCGGGUAUGUCGGUGCGCUAUUCAUGGGUUCUGCAAAGGUCCUUGGCGAAGAUGGCGUGAAAGGAUGUGCGGACAAAAAGGAGCCCGAGACCGAGACUGAGAAAGAAAUCAAAGAGGAGAGCGAAGAGGAUUAA